UUCCUGUAGCUUGUUCUUUUCACUUUGAUUAGAUCAUCUGGAUGUCAGACAGCCUCUAUGGGUGGUGGUGCCUACAACCUAUCAAUUUGAUUCAAGGCAUGGAAGACACAAGUUGGAACAUUCAAACCCAACAGAACAACACUACAUCAGUGUUUACCUGGAGACGGUAGUGGGGGUUCCCUGGCUAGAUUGUUGUGGAAGAGGAGACGCGUGGUUUGAACAAAAGCUGGAUGAUCGUUCUUGCCUGGGCUGUUAUUGGAGGAUCUACGUUGAACAUUUACAUUUUCCUCAUCAGUCCCGCCAGAGAGCCUGCCUAAAAGUAAAGACAAGCAAGAGACUGACUGACAUGGGAAGUACAAUUUCCUUCAGUAGAGGAGUCAAUGAUGAGGAAACAGUCAGCCUUAUCUGCUGCCCAUAGCAACCUUCCUGAACCUUUGUCUGCCCUGACUAACGAGAAACCGGUAACUGCUGAUACUGCCAUCUGAAGAGAAGAUCAGCAAGGAGGUAGUCAACUGCCAUAACAUGCCACCUAUGAAGGAGCCCUUACAAAGACCCCAACUACAGAGAGAAAGUGGUAGAUGAACCCUCUGACACACGGUCACUACCAGGUACCCCUGUUUUGGCUGUCCUUCCUAAUCCCGGAGAGGUAAACUCUGGUGGCAUUAAUCACAGAAAAAAGAGCACAAAGAUGCAGGCAAACAUGGAGAAAAUGCAUGUUAAUUCUCAUGCUACUGGUCAUGCUAAAACUCAAUGUGAAAGUGCCAAUCCUGAAGUGCAUUUAUCACUUACUGGGAGCGAGCAAACAUUGAACUGUAUCACAAAAGAGCUGGUGGGUGUAACAAGGCCAGCAGCGGUAGACGUUGUUAGGAAACGUGGUCGCCCUCACAAGAAGGCAAAGAUGCGGCAUACUGUGCUACAAACAGAGGAGAGUUCUUCUCAUCUGAUCACUGCAGAAUCAAAGGAUUGGAGUGAAACAAUGUCUGACAGAGCGAAUGACAUUUCUUUUACUACAAACUGUGUAGAAAACAGGGAUGACACGUCUCUCAGAGCUAUUGAAACAAAAGCAAUACCUCUAAACCGUGAACCAAGCAAUACAGCGGUGUCUGUUCUUGACUCGUCCCCCCAAAACCAUCAACCAGCUGAAUCCAGCCCUGUGGCUAUCUCACCCUUGGAACCAAAAAGGAAAAGGGGACGACCAAAGGGGUCGACUAAGAAACGACCAGGAAAAACCAUGAACACUAUUUCAGUGCAACAAUCCCAUGUAACAGAAGAAAAAAUGGCAAUUAAAAAGGAACCUGAUGAGAUGCUAUUUGAAGAGGAAAAGAGAGGAAACAUUGGUCCUCAGUCUGAGGAAGCUCCUGUUGAGCCUAAACACAGAGUAGGGCGGCCACCAAAGAAAACAACACUCGUGAGGCAGUUUGCGUUAGCACAGAGAAAAUCACAGAGAAAAUCAUGUUCUAUUACAGCAUCUGUGAAUUCCCAGGAUAUUCCACCACAACAUCAGAAGAUUGAGACUGAGCGUUCACUAGAUUAUAUUGCAAGGCAUGUGUCUGUGUCACUUAGUCGCGUUGAUUCUCAGAGAGGUGGGACUGCUGACAUGAUCUCUAAUGUGAAGUGUGAGGAUAUUGAAAUAGAGCUGGGUGAUUUUAAUUCCCUGGCACAGUCAAAUUGUGUCAUGUCUUUUCAAUGCCACACUGACACCAGUGUGAAGGUUGAGCCCUGUAAUACUAGUUGUGAUGGCACUGAGUUCAAAAAGCCACUCAAAGUCGACAAACGCAGAGAAACUGCUGGCACUGCUCCCAGAAAGCGAUCCCGGUUUGUUUUUGGAAAAACUAAAUACAAAAAAGGAAAGAGGAAAAGGUGCAUUGAUGAUAGAGGUAGACUCCAACGUGUGACCUCACAGGGAGAUCCAGACACCAUGUCAAAGCAGGCCGAUGAAGGCAAUGGUGAUGUUGGAGAGGAGAUGGACUGUGGCGAGUUAGCUUGGGAGUAUGAGGGUAACACAAAUGACAGCUUUUCAAAUGGAAGUAAGUCAACAGAUGAAGGAUUUAAAGAUUUGCCUGAGAGUCACCAAAAUCCUAUCAUCACUGAUGUAAACAUAUUAGAAACUAUGUCGCAUGAGUCCUUUUUAAAAUCAAAUGUCGUACAAGGUGAAGAAUUCACAAGGGAAAAAAUCAAGGAAGAGAAAGAUGGUGUAGGUGAUGAAACUGAAUAUAACCCAACAAGCAGUUGUGGCCUGAAGGCUAGGGGGAGACCAAAAGGGAGACCAAAAGGCACAGGGAAAACAUGUGAGUACUGCGGUCGUCAUUUUGAUUUUGUGUCUGUAUAUACCGUCCAUCUACGCACUCAUACAGGCGAAAGGCCUUUUAAGUGCAUUGAUUGUGACCAAGACUUUGCCCAGCUAUCUAACUUAAAAAGUCAUAUCAAGAAACAUAACAAGCGCUGUCGGCCUCUGAAGUGUCCUUAUUGCAAAAUGAAGUUCAGUAAUUCAAAGGAAUUGCUUGCUCAUUGCAAGUGGCACUCGCAGAACCCGAACCAGGACUCUGAGUCUGGGAGUAAAACGAAGGAUAACAGAAAUGAGCCUAUUCAUACACCCCUUGUUUCUCUGAAAGAAAGGAGAAAAAGGGGUAAGGGGGGGAUACUCAAAUGCCACAUUUGUGGGAAAGUAUUUCCCUUUUGGUCUGGUCUGCAAGUUCAUAUACGUAUGCACACUGGGGAAAAACCAUAUAUCUGUAAAGUAUGUGGGAAAGCCUUUAGUAAUCGCUCAUCAAUUCGUAUUCAUGAGGUGACCCACUGGUCCAUUAAGCCUUACAACUGCACACGGUGUGGGAAGAGUUUCACUCAGUUGUCGUCUGCAAAAAAACAUCCCUGCAAGGGUCUGAGGGAGAGUAAUGACAGAGAUGGCCGGAAAAAGCCUUUCAUAUCUUUUACAUGCCACAUCUGCGAAGAGAGAUUUGUUCAGAGGCGUCAGUACAAAACCCACCUGAAAACCCAUGCUGGUGUGAAGCUCUUUCGCUGUUUAUUCUGUGACCAGCUGUUUAGUGUGAUGUCAGAAUUUGAAGAGCACCACCAAUAUUGCACCAAAGUUAGGGGGGAGAAGAUGACAUCCAAAUCUGAAUUUAGGAUUUGGAAACCUAGAGCCCCUAAUCAGCAAAGAUCGCAGCAACCAAGUGUCAAGAGUCAUUCACCAGUCAAGAGUCAUUCACCAGUCACCCAAUUAGUAUUUCCUGCAGCUGCUGAUAGUCAACCAUUUCAGAACCCUGGACAGAGUUCAGCUUCCUCUGUCUCGUUGCUGAACUGUGAACCUACCCCACAGCAAAAAUCAAGUGGUCAUCAGUCUUCACAAACACAUGCCAAUAAAGCUAUUGCUACAACUCUGCACCCCUUCCAAACAUGCAUUAUACCCACAAAUAAUCUCACCCCCCUUGUAUCAAAGUUGAAUAGUCUAGAUCGUAAAUCUGACCCGAGGAAGUACUUAUGCCCACGUUGUGGAAGACUUUUCAGACACACAGGGAGACUCCGAGCCCACAUGCUAACUCAUGCCCACAGUCAGAGCUACACCUGUGACUGCUGUGGAAAGACCCUGGAAAGCUGGAAAAAGCUUUGGCUUCACCAGCGAGUCCACAGACAGAAACUAGGACGGUUCUCAUGUCCAAAGUGUCGCCAAGGUUUCCGCUUCGUUGGGCCCUACAAGCAGCACAUGCUGCGAGAACACCCGGAGUACCAGUGGAUCGAUGAGAGACCAAACAAAACCCUCCAAGGACUUGACAAGCAGCAGUGCCUGCCUUAUCAAUGUGAGGAGUGUAACGCCAGCUUCAGGACACUAGAUUUGCUUUUCAAUCAUCAGCUUUGCCAUUCCUCACCAGGUGACCACAGUAUGUGGAUACAGGACGACUGCUAUGAUUACUCUCCCUCCACACAUGAACAUGAUGUACCUUCCAACAUGAAUGGAUUUGACCCUCACAUGAACAGUGGCGUAACACACUCCCAGGAACUCCACCAUACCUACUACCCUUCUCCGCCUCUUCAAGCAAACCACUCACGAGGUUCACAUCUCCUUCAUUACUUUUCCAACCAUUCAGACCUACUACAUUCAUUGUCACCCCUUUUACCCGUGCCUCCCCCAAUGCAACACCCAGGUUUCCAACCAGGCCUCCGGUCAUAUGACUCCACCCAGCCGCUCACAAGCCCUCUAUCACCACUGUACUCACAGGUAGAGACCAUUCCAUACCCUGACAGAAAUGAUGGGAAUGUAAACAGGAAGCGGAGUAGAAUUUAUGGGAAUGCGACUAAACGUGCUGCUAGAUCCAAGGAGGACAAGGCGACAAUGGGGGGUUUGGAUUGUGCGGAGUGUGGUGUUCAGUUUCCUGCUGUCUCACAACUCUAUGAGCAUUAUUUGCAGCAUGCCAGGGGAGAGGUGUAAGAAGUGAAAAUGAGGAACCUUUUUCUAUCACAAAGGCACGUUAUCCCCCCCAUCUCUUUCUCAGAGGUUUACCUCUAUCAGUUUAGAAAUGACUUGUACGUCAACCAACAAAAGUGGCAUUUUUAACACAUAAGAAGUUGUUGUAUUGAUGUGUUUGAGUGAAUAUUCUGUUGAAUGGAGAUGUUACUCUGGUUGCUUGUUGGACAUGAAGGAAGCUGAUUACUUUUGGUUGUUAUUUGAAUUACUUACACUAUGAUCAAUUUUAAAUUGACAGUAUGUUAUUUUUCAUUGGUGGGUGUCCCUUAAUCUGAAAAGAUGGUCAGUGCUUUUAUACACUUCAGUAAUUUUAGCAGGUUUUGAGACGAGGACAGAUCAUGGCCUGCAAUCUAUUUUUCAAUGGUAGUUUGAGUGUAAAUUGCAAUGCUUGAUUAUGGAACAUUGUCAUACCUCCUAAUGUCAUUGUUAACCUCUUCCUGUCAGACUCUGAUUCUCAACUGAUGAUUUAUGUAAUUUAGUCUACCAAUACAAGUGAUUAACAUCUAUUUUAAUUCUGUCCAUUUAUUUAAAAGAAAAUUAUAAACCUCAUGUUUUGCAUGUUAGUCAUUUAUUCUGUGGUUGUGUUAAUUUGUAACUUAUGCAAAAAAUAAUAUUUUCACUGCCAGUACUCUAGUCGUUUUACCUAAUAGGCCUACAUUCCCUCAUGUUUACAGAAAGUUAUUUUGUUUAGAAAAGCAGUUCCUGUUCUGUUGCUGAUGAACUGACAGCUGUUUACAUACUGUAUAUUUUACUUUCUAGUUUCACUCAGUUAUUAAUGUGUCAGACAAAAAUAAAAGCCACCUUUCUAA